AUGAAGCCUCUUAUUUUUAUUAUGGGACUAUGGACCUGCCAAGUCACAGCCUCUGUACUUGGUCUUCUCCAUCUUGAAAGCCCCAACAAGCGGGGUAUAGACAAGCGAGCAGUAGUCAGGACAAUCAAUGCUAAAGUUCCCAAAUCUGCCCCAGCUGGUCGACAAGUAAUCGAUGCAGCAUUCCAUUCAUUCUCCAUAGAAUUCUCUUACAUGCUAGAUUAUGCCGGCAAUAACACGUGAGCACUCCUUCUCUACUUCCUUUUCCGUCAGUUACAACUAAGAACUCAAGACACCCGAAUAAAUUCUCCUACAACAUAUUGCAAAGCCUCAAAGACAUCUCAGGUGCAUAUCCAAUUAUCUGCGCAGGAGGCACAACCCAAAACCGGGCAAACUUCUACGAAAACCAAACCACAGCCCUCAUCCAAAAACUCAAUCCCGGAGCGGAUCAGCCCUCCUCCCUAUCCGUCGGCCCAGCCUGGAUGCAAUCUUUCCAACAAUUCCCACCGGGAACGCCAUACAUCUACGGCCUCAACUUCUACGACGGCGAUGCCGGGACAGAACAAGCAGUUCUCCAAGCUGUCGCAGCCUUUGAUAACAUCGGAGAUAACCUCUACGCCUUCGAAAUCGGGGAUGAAGUUGAUGGCUUCAACACUGGGACCAGGAGACCGACAACAUGGGGGAUCAAAGAUUAUGUGAAGCAGUGGAAGGAGUAUGCGGCUACUAUCGAGAAGGAACUUGGGCGAUCGAAUAAUAAACCGCUUUUUCAGGCGGGGAAUUUUCAGGCGCCGAGGAAUUUGGUGGAUGCUUCGCGCUUUACGGCUGCCACUGCGAUUAAGGAGGGUAUUGCUAGUACGGGGAUGGUCAAGACUAUUUCGGAUCAUAAUGUGAGUUAUUCUGAGGAUUGGUGGGAUUCGUACUUACCUCGCCAAGUUUAGCGAGUGAGUAAAGGAGAUAGGAUACACUGACGAUGUUACAGUAUAUGGGUUCCAACUGUGGCGACACAAAUACCAACAGUCUCGUCAAGAACAUUCUAAACCACGCACGCAUGACUUCCCUGAUGUGGUACCACGAAGUCCUCGGAAACUACAGUGUUUCCCAGAAUAUACCAUACGUAAUAGGAGAAACAAAUUCCAUAUCCGUAUGUCACUCCCCCUUCACUUCUUCUCGCAACCCAGCUAACAAGUCCCAGUGUCAAGGCCAGCUAGGCCUCUCCGAUGUCUUCGCCGCCUCACUCUGGUCAAUAGACUACACCCUCUACGUCGCCACCCUCUCAAUUUCAAGAAUUUACUCCCACAACGGAACGCCCUACCGCUACUCCGCCUGGCAACCAAUCGCGAGCUCCACCGCGCCCGCCCAAGCGAAGCCCAUAUUCUACGGAAGCUGGUUCAUCGCCUCCGCUCUAUCAGGAGGAAACAAACCAGUCGCACUCCUCGUGAAUGAAACGAGGUUCACGGCCUAUGCUAUUUACGAAGCCUCGCCUGCAAAGCUGAGUGCCAUCGCGGUGAUUAACCUUGAGAUUUUUAACACUACGAUGAAGCAGGAGGAUAGACCGAUCACGGAUUUCGUGCUACCGAGUGAUGUGGAUGUUUCGAAUGCGAGAGUGCGGAGGUUGACGGCUCCGGGCGUGGAGAAGGCGAUAAUAUUACGUGGGCUGCGCAGCAUAUUUCAAGUGGAGGCACGAUUGCUGGGACGAGGAAGACGGAGAAGCUGGUGGGUGGUGGGAGGACGGUGGAGGUUGGCGCUGGGGAGGCGGUGCUGGUUUCUUUUGUUGAUUUUAGUUAAUAGUUAA